UGAUUGUUAAUGUGUGUGUGUGUGUGUUUCAUAUAUCUUGAACUAAUCCCUGAAUUCUUUCAUAUCUGAAAUGUUAUCAUCUGUAUCUCAGAAAUGGAGCGAAAUACAUUUAUCACUCUUAUUCUCUCGGCUGUUUUCAGUUUAUCUGCAUGUGUUCCACGUCAGUAUCACUUUGUGAAUCAGAAGUUGAGCUGGACUGCAGCUCAGAGAUACUGCAGAGAGAAUUACACAGAAAUGGUCACCAUCAACAACAAGAAUGACAUCGAAGAGCUGCUGAAGAGUGUGAAUGAUGAUCAGGUUCAGUUUGUCUGGAUCGGACUGCACAAGACAAACAUUAAGACAUGGAAAUGGUCUCUGGGUGACCCUGCGUUCUACACAGGAAGUGAUUCACAGUAUCGUAACUUGGCACAGGGACAACCAAAUGAAGAUGUAGACUGUGGUAAUAUGAAUUCUGGAGGAUGGUUUGAUUAUAAUUGUACUCACAGCACACAACACUUGAAAUUCAUAUGUUACAAUGACAGCAGUAAAGGAUACAUCCCUGUUAAUCAGUCAGUGAUUUGGAGAGAUGCUCAGAGUUUCUGCAGAGAUCAUCACACAGAUCUGGUCAGUGUGAGGAACCAGACUGAGAAUCAACAGAUUGAGAAGAUCAGAACUGAUGGAGGGAUGUCUGGAGUCUGGACCGUCUGUUCAGAGACUCAUGGGAGUGAUCAGAGUGAAUCGCCUCGACUGCAGCGGUGUGGAUGGGUCUCCGUCACUCCUGCACUCUGGGCCUGUGGUUCUGGGUGAAUGGACAGAUCUUGUGUUAUCAGAAAUGGGCUGCAGGUAACGGGACAGGACAGGAAGAUUGCAAUGGUGGACCGAGAGUUGGAGCAGUUCAGUCUGGAGGAGAUCAGCGAUGGAUCAGCCUUCCUCAAACUCACAAACUCAACUUCAUCUGCACUAACUACGAAGACUGAAUCAUCAUCAUCAUCAUCUCACCUGUCGUCUGUGGAGCCACAAAAUUUCACCAUGUUUGAUAUAAAACUUGAAUUUUUCAUGAAAAUCUUUAUUACUUUGUAAAUUUGUCCAUUUAUUUCUGUGAGUAGUUCUUUGUUUUUGAAGUCCUGAGAUGAUUCGUGUGGUUCAGUUCUCUUGAUUCAGAAAAGUGACGAGAUGAUGGAUACAAACAUUUACACUCUAAUUCAUUUCAUUUUGCUUUACUAUUUUACUUUGGAGAUAAUAUUUAGUGCUAAAAUGUAAAUGUGAACUCUCUGUUUAAAAAUGUUUGACAGAAUGUCAGUGAUUGUCUUCUGGGGUUGUUUUGUCAAAUGAAAUACUUCAAAAAGUCUUUUGGGUGACUUUUUUCAUAUUCCUUUAUAAAUGAGGCUUUAGUUGACUGUGACAUCUUUAAAAUAAUGAGCUUAUAAACAGGAACACUGUGAUUCUUGUGAGUGUUACUGCUUAGAUUCUUAUGUGCAUUAAAUUGUAUGUUCUUAAUAUCAAUAAAAAUGCUCUUAUACUAUA